GUGACCGGUAAGAACUUCUCCCGCAACGCGGAGGGAGCGAGAAAACUCUGCCCAGCACCCAUCAUAUACGCACAACCAUGUACUCCCACUUCUUUCUUCUUCUGUUUAAGUCCCUCGGACAUCAUCCCCAAUCUUCUUCUUUGGUCUCCUUCAAAACCCAAAAACACCAUUUCAAUUUCUCGAUCAUUUCUUCUUCUGUGUUUCUUAAGAUCGUGCGCUCCCAAGAAUAUCAAGAAAAAGCCAGCUGUACAUAGCUUCAGUUUAACAAGAAAGGAUGGAUAUGGUUCAAGAAGCAUUCGAAUAUGGAACAUGAACUGAAAAAGAUGGUGUUACUCUCCUCAGAACGGUUCCGAAAAAUAGCUUACUACUUGUUCUGUUCAUCCUUCGAUCUUGGCUACAGUUCAAUGCAUCUCUUGUGUUGAAUUGAACAUGAAGGAGAAGAGCUAUCAUUGUUCUGCACAGUGCUUCUCAAGUGAUUGGGAAAGGCAUAAGAUUUGUCAUCACAAUGCCGCUGCUGAAAGUAAGACCAAUCUUGAAAAUCAAAAAGAAUUAUUAAGGAGAUCUGGCUCAUGGCCACAAUCACUUGAAGAGAUUCCAGAACAAGAAGGAGAAGAAUGGGUUCAAGUGGCCUCUUCAGAAACAUAUGAGCCUUCAAAUGAUGAUAUCAACACCUUGCUGAUGCUGGAGUGUGUAGCUAUUGAUCCUGAAAACGGUAAUCGUCUGUCUCAGGUUCAAAGAAGAGUGAUCACUAAUCCUGUGAUUGCUUUCCUUGUUUGUUCCACACGCAGGAUGAUUGAUAUUGGAAGUAAUGAUGAUGGUUCAGCAUUUAGUGUGUUAUCCUACAAUAUACUGGCUGAUAUACAUGCCAAGAGCUAUCUUCGCUGUCCAACAUGGGCUCUUGAGUGGGAAUACUAUAAGCUAAAAUUGGGGAAAGAGAUCAAUGAAUAUGAUGCAGAUACUAUAUGUUUACAGGAGGUACAAGAGAACCAUUAUGAAGAUUUCUUUGAACCUGAGUUGACAAGCCGUGGCUAUUCGGCUUUGUACUAGAGAAAAACAAAUAUCAAUAAGUUAUAUUCAGCCGAAGGAUAUAUACAUGAAGGAUGUGCAAUUUUUACCAUGGUGACAAGUUCGAAAUAACCAUGAAAGAAGAGGUUGAGUUUGACGAGAACGCACCGAUUGAAGCAUUGGAACGACCUGAACAAGGAUAAGAUGGUAGCAUUCCCCUAAUAAAGCAUAAUGUUGCUCUUGUAGUAUUAUGACUGAAAAAUGGCAGCACUGGUUGUAACCUUCUAUCAAGGAUUUGUCCGGUUGCCACCUUUAUCCAUACACGAGGAAAUUGCCCAGCUACAGAAUAUUCAUAUAUUGAUUUGUGGGGAUUUGAACUCAGUUCCUAGAAGGUUAAUCUUUUGCUCAUACUAACUAUGGUUUACAUUUAAAGGUAUAGAAAAAAUGUUGUAUAGUUCAAAUUGUAUCAGACUAUACUAUAUUAAUUAUUAAAUGAGAGGUGAGUCC